UGGCCGCCUGACUGACAGCUCGCGCGGGCGGGCGCCUCGGAAGGACCCGGCUCUAGAGCCAGUGCAGUGGCUGCACCGCGGAGACAUCUGGCGCCGGCUCACUCUGUCCGCUCGCCUGUCUUUGCCUGUCACGAUGCUGAGAGAAAUGGUAACUCUGAAGGAAAAGAGAAAGAAAGGGCCAUUUUUUCUCCUCCUUACCAAAUGCACUGAGGAAACGGGCGCCUGCACAUAGACCCCAUCCCUCCGUGACAUCCUGUCGUCAACCAGAUGCCUUAGGGCCCUGUGAGCUGCCCCAGAGGACUCAUUCCUGGUGGCCAGGAGUCUCCAAGCAACUCACAUGUGCUCGGCAGGCUCCCACUUGGUCACCAGCUCCCACUGACCCUCCCGGGAAUCCAGUCCUCUGGCCUACCCACCUGGUACCCUCUGCGGUAGCCCACUUGAGCCAUGGAGGCCCCGGAGGUCCCUGUGGGCUCACUGAUUGACUUCGAGACCGAGCCAUCUACCUCCUCACCUGUGGAGGCACUGCCACCAAAGCUGCAGGAUGGGGACAGCUCCCAGGGCGACGGCGGGUCAGAGAGUGAGACCACAGAGUCAGCAGACAGCGAGAACGACAUGGGCGAGUCGCCCUCACACCCAUCCUGGGACCAGUACCACCGCUCCUCCUCCAACGAGUCCUUCUCUUCCAACCAGAGCACGGAGUCAGCCAAGGACGAGGAGGCCCUGGAGCUCAGGGAGUUUAUGCGCAGCUACGUGGAGAAGAUCUUCUCUGGAGGGGAGGACUUGGACCAGGAGGAGAAAGCCAAGUUUGGGGAGUACUGCAGCAGUGAAAAUGGAAAAGGCCGGGAGUGGUUUGCUCGAUUCGUAAGCGCCCAGCGCUGCAAUUCCAAGUGUGUCUCAGAGGCGACCUUCUACCGCCUGGUGCAGUCUUUUGCAGUGGUCCUGUUCGAGUGUCAUCAGAUGGAUGACUUCGGGCCCGCCAAGAACCUCAUGACCAUGUGCUUCACUUACUAUCACAUCGGGAAACCGCACCUGCUUCCCUCCGAGUCCAAGGAGAAGCCCUCGGGGAGCAUCGACUCCUACUUGAAGUCCGCCAACAGCUGGUUAGCAGAGAAGAAGGACAUUGCAGAGAGGCUGCUGAAGAACACGUCGGCGAAGACAGAGAAUGUCAAGGGCUUCUUUGGGGGGCUGGAGACGAAGCUCAAGGGACCCCUGGUCAGGAAAAACGACGAGGAUGAGAGCAAGCCCAAGGACAAGCCUCAGAAGACUGUGACUGUGAGCAGCCCGGAGGAGGAGAGGAAGGGAGAGAAGAUCUACCUGUACACGCACCUGAAGCAGCAGCCCAUCUGGCACACACUGAGGUUCUGGAACGCAGCCUUUUUCGACGCUGUCCACUGUGAGAGGAGAAAGCGGUCCCCCACGACCAGAGGGGAUGCUGGAGAGGAGGAGAAGAAGAGGGAGAAGUGGUGCCACAUGACCCAGGAGGAGCGGGACGACAGCCUCCGCUUCAACGAGAACAUCACGUUCGGGCAGCUGGGCACGUUCACUCACAACAUGCUGGCCUUCGGGCUGAACCGGAAGCUGUGCAACGACUUCCUGAAGAAGCAGGCGGUGAUCGGCAACCUGGAUGAAGAGCAAUACAAGCUGCUGAGCGACCACAUCGAGCAGAUAGCCACUGAGUAGGCCACGGGAGGUCGCCCAAGGCAUUCCUCAGGAGGACCGAGGGUCCACACCACUCUCCUGGGCCAGCGACUGGCUGUCCCCACCCGAUGACCCUGCAUGACAUCGGCAGCACCCAGAGCCACUCCACGCUGCCCCAGAACUAGCGGUUAGAAGACUCUGGUGGCCCGUUCUCCCCACCUUCCCUCUGCCUAUGUCUACUCCCCCUUUCACGUGCCAAAGUGUCCCUGGGAUUAGGUGGCUAAAAUGAGGCGGCCAUCCAUACCCCUGAGUGUCAGGGCCUGAAAGAAAAGGAAGGAAGCCAGGCCAGGCACGGGACAGUGUCUGCCCAUAACCCCCGGCGGGAGAGAGGGUGAGGUGCACAGGGGAACGUAGGUAAGGGCAACCGUGAGCCAGCACACACCCGUGACACGGGACAUCUCGGAUGACAACCUGGGACCCCCCGCUUCAGGUCAGACUCCCACAGUCAGGGCUCCUGCAGGGCAGAGGGGCAGUGGCCCUCUCAGUGUUGGUCCACGGCCGGGGCUGGCUUCACCCUGGCCCCCCACUCUGCGUGACAGGAGCCAGAGUCACAGGAACUUUGGGGAGAGAGAGACGCCGCCUUCCCGAUCUAGGGAAGGAGAGGGCCUGGCCACGGGCAGUGCCGGGGCACACCCCGUGGGAGAGCACAGAGCUGUCCCCGGCACACCAGCUGAGAUGUUCCCGGUCAGCCACCACUUCUUUCUGCCGCAGAGGAAGUCCUGCCCCCCGCUCCCUGGGAGCAGCGUCAGGCUGUCUGUCCCAGGACGCAGCACAGAAAAGAGGUUUCUUCAGUAGCUGUGAGACCACCGCCCUUUCUAAAAGCAAACAGUGCUGCUCUUUAUUUCAGAGAAGACAGGGAAAUCCGUGUUGGUUUUCCAGACAGCAGGGCACAGGCAGCGCCCGGUGGCUGCGCGAGGCCCUGCAGUGGAGCGGCUUCUGGGCGUCGGGCCUCCCACCCCCAGCCGCUCCCGGGAGGCGCCUUUGUAUCCUGCAGCCCGAGCCCUCUGGAGCUCUUUCCCACAGACUCUGCCCAUACCCCUCGUCUCAGUCGGGCGCCUGGCAAGCGUGGCUCUUCUCCCCGAGUGCGUGUCAGGCACAGCAGACCAGCCCACAGAGGCUGAAGUCUGACCUGCAAGCGUUCAGCAUGCUGGCUUCUGCAGUGUAAAUAUUUCAGCCUGGCCCCCUCUGCCUCCUGCCCGUCGCUCUGGGGGACUGACCUUGAAACAGGCUCGUGGGCUCUCUCUGUCCUCCUGUGCCGUUUUCCCUACUGCCUCCUCCGACUCAAAAUCACAGUACAUUCCUGUCUCCUGGGGCACAGCAAAUACAUGCCUGGCGGUAUCUAGUCAGUGCUCAAGAGGAUCCCCUGGGGAGUUGCCUCCCUGGAAUGUUCCCGAGAAGAGCAGCUGUUGGUUGAGCCACUGAGCACACGUCUGGAUGAUCGUCAGAGAGGUGCCGUGAGACGUGGCACAGUCUGAGCGUGUGCUGUGAAUUGUCACCAGCCCAAAGAGCUUGGGGGCAGGGCUUCAGAAACCGGCUCAGUUUUGAUGACCAUGUAUGUGUGUGUGUAUGACAUCGACCUCUCUGGUGAUGUCACUAAACGAAGCACAGCUGUGUUGCUGGUCUGCUUGCCGUGUGCAGGGACAGGUCAUGCAGGCUGGAGUGUCCCCACCCCCAGACCCCCUGUUGGGCCCAGCGAUGGUGCAUGUCUCUACUGAGUACAUUUCAGAGAAAUGGCAUUAAGUUGGCGCUGUGUGGGCCCCUCCGCCUCCAAUGCCUUCUUCAGGAAAUGCAUCCCCCUAAAAUAUUCAGCCGUGACCUGUGGGUGUGCUGCUGUGCUCCACUCCCCGCCCCCUCUGUAACGUCAGGGCCACACUGAGUGGCUCGUCCAAGGCCCCUCGGGGCUGCCUGGGGCCCCCCUUUAGUGCCCUCACUGGCUUUAUUAGUCACUUCUUAGUAGUUAGUUGAAAUGCAUUAAGACUUAAAGGUUCCCAAAAGACUCAUCCUUGUACAGAUAAGGAGUGUGUGCAGAAGUUUUGACUCGGUCUGAUUUCAGGAGAAAGGAGUGGAUUUGCAGACUUUCGGGGGGACUGGCGGGCCGGGGCAGGAGCACACAGCCUUUGGAAGGAAAUGCAGCCUCUGCUUCUUUGGGCUUUUCCAAGCACUUUACCUUCACAAAUGA